GAACUUCCUGCACCACUUUGGCUUCAUCUUUCACCCGCCUGCAACGCACACGGCUGUCGCCCCCCUCUCCGCUCCUGCCUUGCGAUUGAAUUGACUGUCAGUGCUCACCUUCGAGUGACUGCCGGUGUGUUGCCGCGGAUUCUCUUUGCAUACAACCCCAAUCUUCGACUCGUCAUGGCCGCUCUUCGCACUUCCUCCCGCCUGCUGGCUUCAUCACGGCCAUUGUUCACACCCGCCGUCUUCGCGCGAUCCUAUGCCACUGUCGACCCCGUCUCAAAGACCUCCGGCAGCAGCUCGUUUGUGCCUGAGUCCAAGACUUCCACUGUCAAGGAGCCUGCCCCUUCAGAGAGCGCUCGCACCAAGACUUUCCAUGUGUACCGAUGGGACCCCGACCGCCCGGCUGAGAAGCCUCGCAUGCAAUCCUACACCCUCGACCUGAAUAAGACCGGCCCAAUGAUGCUCGAUGCUCUAAUCCGGAUUAAGAACGAAGUUGACCCUACGUUGACUUUCCGACGAAGCUGCCGUGAGGGUAUUUGCGGAAGCUGUGCGAUGAACAUUGAUGGCGUGAACACGCUGGCUUGUCUAUGCCGUAUUCCCACUGAUACCGCCAAAGAGUCUCGCAUCUACCCAUUGCCACACACCUACGUCGUGAAGGACUUGGUGCCUGAUUUGACCCAAUUCUACAAGCAAUACAAAUCGAUCAAGCCUUACUUGCAACGGGAUACUAAGACUGAAGAUGGCCUUGAAAACCGGCAAUCGCCCGAGGACCGUCGCAAGCUCGAUGGCCUGUACGAAUGCAUCUUGUGCGCUUGCUGUUCAACUUCCUGCCCGUCCUACUGGUGGAAUAGCGAAGAAUACCUUGGACCUGCUAUUCUGCUGCAAUCAUACCGUUGGUUGGCUGACUCUCGUGACGAGAAGACCGAGCAGCGCAAGGAGGCUCUGAACAAUAGCAUGAGCGUAUACCGAUGCCAUACCAUUCUCAAUUGCUCGAGAACCUGCCCGAAGGGUCUCAACCCGGGUAAGGCCAUUGCCGAGAUCAAAAAGAUGAUGGCGUUUUAGAUUGGCGUAGUUGAUAAAGAGCGGUUAACUGAGGAUUCCAUAUAAAUUGGCCGGUACUUUCACUGAGAAUUUCACCGAGACUGUACUUUUCUCCUUUGGUUUUUCCUUUGUUUUGCAUGUGGCAUUAUGUAAAUGUGUCAGUAGCCAAAUGCAUUCAAUAUCGAUUCAAUACUAUAAUUAUUGCUGUAGCCCGUCACAAAGACAAC